AUGGCCCCUGCCACAGUCUCUGCCCACCGUAUCGGCUCAUUACUCUUCUGCCCCGCUUGCGGCACGCUGCUCGACUUGCCCCAGGACGACCAAACGGAAAUCGCUUGUUCGCAAUGUGGAAGGAGAGAGCCUGCUUCAUCAUACGAGAACCUUCCUACAAAGACCUACUCCUCUCCCAACGCCUUUCCGAGUGUGCUGAAAUCUAAGCGGGCACUGGUUCAAAACAAGCUGGAUGCUGGUGAAGCUGCCAAGGGAAGAGAUCCUGUCGCCCAAGAAAAGUGUCAGAAAUGUGGUCAUAUCGGUCUGAGUUACAAGGAAAUGCAGUUGCGAUCUGCGGAUGAAGGUAGUACAAUCUUUUACAAGUGUCUCGGCUGUGGCGACCAGACUUCCACCAACAACUAG